GAGUUGGGUGCUGUACCACUGUUAACUGGAUUGAUUCUACUAUUACUGAAUAGGUUCUUGGAAGCUUGUUUUCGCAAGUUGUAAGCAUGACAACCCUGAGGCCCUUCACUUGUAAUGACAUGUUCAAAUUCAAUAAUGUGAAUCUGACUGAAACUUAUGGAUUGUCUUUCUACAUGCAGUACCUCGUUCACUGGCCUGAAUAUUUUCAAGUGGCAGAAUCACCAAAUGGGGAAAUCAUGGAUUACAUUAUGGGCAAGGCAGAGGGCCACGGAGAAAGCUGGCAUGGUUACGUGACAGCACUGCCGGUGUCACCAGAGUACCGUCGACUGGGGUUGGCGGCAACACUAAUGGCCUGGCUCGAGGACGUGUCGGAGAAAAAGCGCGCCUACUUUGUUGAUCUGUUCGCACGUGUCUCCAACAAAGUUGCAAUAAACAUGUACAAGACCCUAGGGUACAUUGUAUACAGAACUGUUUUGGAAUACUGUUCAGGUGAUCCUGAUGAAUGUGCUGUUGAUAUGCGGAAAGCCCUAUCUAGGGACGUGAAGAAAAAUUCGACGAUUUCGCUGACUCAUCCUGUACGACCAGACGAAGUGGACUGA